AUGUCGGUUGUCUCCAUACCAAAGGAGUACUACACGUUGGUGCAUGACGUGAAGAGGAUAAGCACGUUGAACUUUAACGUGUUCACUUUGCGAACUUGUUUGACGGAGAUUGGUAAACUCAAGCAGGACGGCCGUGUGAGGCAAUGGCCAUGUGGCAACCUAGCCCUACUCCAGUACUUAUAUUGGGAGAAGGUGCAGCCAACCACCGGCCCGAAAAAUGACCCGUUGUCGUUGCAAGUUCCCCUAAUGAAAAACUGGACUGAAUCUAAAGCGGAGAAACGAGACAAGUACGUCCUGGAAAAUGGUCGUGGUCAUGGAUUGAUAGAUGACUGCAUUACGAAAGAGUAUAGAAUGAAAAAACUUGCAGAUGAACAUGCUGAAAGCAGUAAGAAACCUAGUAGCCGAAAGUCAUCCGUUACGGGAAAGAGAAAAGUGGAUUGUGUGCCCGAGGUCCCUGCUAACCUAAAGCCUUUUAUGGACCGGGUUAUGAAUGAUAUGAAGGAAAUUCGUAAGGAAUUGUUUCGUAUGCCGGAGUUAUGCGCACAGAGACUGUUAGAGAAAAUGAAUAAAACAGGUGUGCGGUACAAACCAGACACAAUGGCAGAGGAGGAAGAAAAUCUGUUUGGACAGAAUAGUGAGUCCAGGUAUGAAAACAAGUAUCCUAAAAAAGAAUUUCAGUAUGAUGACAUACACACACCUAAUGGCCGAAAUGGCAGUGGGCAUUAUGAUUUGGAUUUUGAAGGAGGGGAUUCGUUCAAACUCAGUACUGGUCACUUGAGUAGCUAUAAAGGUGAGAAGGAUGAUCCUAUAGAUGUCCCAGAGCAGUCGGAAACAAAAGAAACAUCAUCUCUAAAAACCGAUGAAAUAGAAGCAACAAGAUGGGAAGUGGAACAAAAUGAGCAAGAAGUGUCACAGGGCAUGUCAGAUGGUAAUAGCGAGAUAGAAGAGAAGAAGGAGGUGAUUCCAGGGAAGCGAAAGCGGACUGUGUCAAAGUACCAGAAAUCUCCUUAUGUUAAAAAGACUCCGAAAAAACGUGCGAAACGUUCCGCGAAAGCGAGUAAGUUAAACAUGUAUGUGAAAGCGUACGAGCACUCACCAAAACAUAAGAACCAUGAAAUAUUCAACAACGGUAAAGAUGAAGGACUUUCUGCGGCAAGAGUAAUUGACGCUUAUGCGACGUACAUAUCGGAUUCAAGUAUCGCCAAGGACAUGUAUCUUGUACCCACACAUAGGUCUUACUGGUUAUUGAACACUCGCCCAAAGAUAGUAAGACGAGGGAAGUCGGUAGACGAUCCAGAAGGUUUAGCACAUGCAAAUGAACCUCUCAACAGAUGCAUGACAGAAUAUUUUGCAAAACUGAAGGAUAAAAACCACUGGAUUACAUGUGCUAUGCACACUGGAAAGAAAGAGUUCCAAAUUCUUGAUUCUUUGAGGGGGGAAGAAAAUAUCUCUGAAGCUACCAGGAAAUUCGUUGAAAAUUUUAGAGAGCAACUUGCAGGAGAUAUCCAAGAUGCAAAUGAUAGUGUAAUUAUGUCGUUCCCGGAUGUGUCCGCAUGGCCUAUAGUCCCGUACGACAUGCCUCAACAAGAAGAUGAGAACUCAUGUGGGUUGUUCCUCCUUCGCAGUUUUCAAUACUGGGACGGAGAAAAAUUUAUAAGUGCUAUUUCUCAGGAAUCUAUUGAUAGUUCGAGAGAAAGAAUGAUAGCUGGAAUUAUUUUGUCCCCAGAAAAUAAGCUUACAGAAGUGAAGAACAAAUUGAUAUAUGAUGAUCACGUAUCAGAGGCGAUCGUCGCCCGCGCCGCGCCUCACGUGCUCGCCUCGUGCGGCUUAGACGGCCACACAUGUUCGGCGCGAGAUGGGCCAUGUGGGCCGCGUCAUCUGGCCAGCCAGCCUGCGCCGCGCGUUGCUCCAGGGUUGGCAUGUGCCGCCCCCGAGGUUGAUUCGCCCUCGGCCCACUUGCGCCCCUCUGCGCCCGAGGGUGGCGUCUGCCUCAGGAUCGCCAUCUGCGGCAGCACCUGA